GCGGAGCGCAGCGCCAUGGCGGCGGCGGCGGGGCUGGCGGCCGCGGUGGCGGCGGCGCUGGGCGCGCUGCUCAUGGCGCCGGCCCUCACGGAGCCGCCCGGACACGGGUCGCCCGAGGGCAGCGCGCCCGGGCCCCGCGCCGGGGCGGCGGCGGCGGCGGAGCGGCGGCCGCCGGGGCGGAUGGACCAGGCUCUGCUGCUCGUCCGCAACGAGCUGCCCGCUCCGGGCCUGCGCCUCGCCGCCCGCUCCGGCUCCUGCCACCAGUGCUUGUAUCAGUUCCUGGCGUUUGUCCCACCAAGCAACGGGAGCCUGAAAAAACCAGGCACGGCGUCGGUAAUGGUUGAUACCCAGCAUCCACUCACCCUGAUGCUCAACAGCUCUGUGGGUGACAGAGAGCUCUGCAAGAUUCAGUAUCAUUUUGGAGAGUUUGGCAAUUAUUCCCUUGUGGUAAAGGCCCUAACUGCAAACACAGAAACUGUUUCUUGUGACCUAAUCAUCAAUGAAGGCCCUAUCAACAGCUACCUCCCUAUUCUCUUUGCUUUCCUGGUUUACAUGGGGAUCCUUGCUGUCCUGAUUGUUGGGCGCCUUUUUAUGAAAAUUGAUCCAGUCAGAAACUGGGUUUACAAGAAACUGAACCCCAGAGAAACUGAUCGUCUGAUUAAUUCUGAGCUUGGAUCCCCAAACACAACAGACUCCAUUAACUGUGAUCCUGCGCCGCAUUCGUGGAGCACAGCCUCUCGGCAGCGGCUGCAUUCCCUUGACACAUUCCGAGGGCUCUCUCUUGUAAUUAUGGUGUUUGUUAACUAUGGAGGAGGAAAAUACUGGUUCUUCAAACAUGAGAGUUGGAAUGGAUUAACUGUGGCUGAUCUGGUGUUUCCAUGGUUUGUGUUCAUCAUGGGGACAUCAAUAGCGUUGUCACUGAGCUCCAUGCUGAGGUGGGGAAGUUCCAAGUGGAAGGUGCUCAGGAAGAUCCUCUGGAGGAGUUUUUUGCUAAUCCUGCUGGGAAUCAUAGUUGUCAAUCCCAAUUACUGCCUUAAACCCUUGUCCUGGGAUAAUCUGCGUAUUCCUGGGGUGCUCCAGAGGCUCGGAUUCACAUACCUGGUGGUUGCUGCUCUUGAACUUUUGUUUACAAGAGCUGAGAGUGGGACCUGGGAAACAUCGUAUCCUGCUCUGCAGGAUAUUCUCCCCUACUGGCCACAGUGGAUUUUCAUUCUGAUUUUAGAAGUGAUUUGGCUCUGCCUGACCUUCUUGUUACCUGUGCCAGAUUGUCCUAGGGGCUAUCUUGGUCCUGGGGGCAUUGGAGACUUUGGAAAGUAUCCCAACUGUACUGGAGGAGCAGCUGGUUACAUUGAUCGUUUGCUUCUUGGAGAAAAGCAUAUAUAUCAGCAUCCCUCUUCAGGUGUGACUUACCAAACAACGAUGCCAUAUGAUCCUGAAGGGAUCCUGGGGACCAUAAAUAGCAUUGUUAUGGCAUUUUUGGGACUGCAGGCGGGAAAAAUUACUUUGUUCUACAAAGACCAGCACAAACAAAUUAUGAGUCGGUUCGUCAUAUGGAGCAUAUUAAUGGGAAUUAUUUCUGCUAUCUUGACAAAAUGUUCUAAAGAAGAAGGGUUUAUUCCCAUAAACAAGAACUUAUGGUCAAUAUCGUAUGUGACAACCACAGGCUGCUUUGCUUUCAUCCUCUUAUUGCUGAUAUAUUACCUUGUGGAUGUCAAGAAAUUGUGGUCGGGUGCUCCAUUUUUCUACCCAGGAAUGAACUCAAUCCUGGUCUACAUUGGACAUGAAGUGUUUGAAAACUAUUUCCCUUUUAAGUGGAAGAUGCAAGACAGUCAAUCCCACGCAGAGCAUCUGACUCAAAACCUCACUGCGACAACUCUUUGGGUCUUAAUAUCAUAUUUACUUUACAGGAGAAGGAUAUUCUGGAAAAUCUGAUAGAGAUGGUCAAAGUGUAGCAGGCCUAGACUCUGAUGAGGCAAGUGGAUUAUCCUGAUAUAUGGUGGAUUAUCCUGGAAUACUGCCACUCAUGCUAGGCUGUAUAACUAAAAAGGGAUACUAGUUCACGUUUACAGUGCCAUGGAAGUCGUCACCAAGACUUUUAUGUGACUAAAGGGACAGUAUUUUCCUAUUUAGCAAAACCUUACUAGUCUGCUGUUGCUCUGUUUCCUGUCUUUUGUAAAUAUUUUACUGAUUUCCCUCCUUCACAUAGAGAAAGUGAACAUACAGUUGGGCAGUCUAAGAGAGCCUGAUGGUGUUCAUGAAAGGAACUGCAAGGGAUCCGGGUGGUGACUCAGGGGUUAUCAGAAUGGGCCUGUGGUAACAGUCCUUGCCUCUGA